CAUUUCAAUAUCUCUUCACCUCUUCUCUCUCUCUCUCUCCAUUUCCUCGUACUAAAUAAUAUGGAUAAGAAACUAUCUAGCGUGUCUCACGAUCCUGAGGUGAGAAAGGGACCAUGGACAAUGGAAGAAGACUUAAUCUUGAUCAACUACAUCGCAAAUCAUGGGGAAGGUGUUUGGAACUCUUUGGCCAAAGCUGCUGGUCUUAAACGUACUGGAAAAAGCUGCCGGCUCCGGUGGUUAAACUACCUCCGACCCGAUGUUAGAAGAGGGAAUAUUACACCCGAGGAACAGCUCUUGAUCAUGGAGCUUCAUGCAAAGUGGGGAAACAGGUGGUCCAAAAUUGCCAAGCAGCUACCCGGAAGGACUGAUAAUGAGAUCAAGAACUUCUGGAGGACAAGGAUUCAGAAGCACAUGAAGCAAAGUGAGAGCUUUCAGCAGCAGAGUAAUUCUGAGACAAAUGAUCACCAAGCUUUCACUAGCCAAGUGUCCACCAUUGCUGAGCCCAUGGAGACCUAUUCUCCAUCCUGUUAUCAAGGAAUGCUAGAACCAUUCUCAACUCAGUUCCACACAAAUCCUGAUCAAUCCAGUUGUUGUACAAACGACAACAACAACUACUGGAGCAUGGAGGAUAUCUUAUCAAUGCAGUUAGCCAAUUACUAAACGGGGACAAAACCUAUAUAUAAACACAUAAUAUGUAUAAAAUCUAAGUCUUCAAAUUUCAUAAAGCUGGAAUCUCUGGCUUAAAACAUAUCAGGUUUGUUAUAUAAGUAGUUGGUAUUUGUACUUUGGUUUUUUGCGUACCAUCAAUAUUUCAGAACUAAAUUAGUGCUGUAACUUAUUAUGAGCUCUUAAGUAAACUAUAUCUCAAAACAAUCUUAUAAAUAAUAUGGUACGUGGACAAUAAAAGAUAAGGUUGAAAACCAAAACCUUUUAAUAU